UGAUCUGAUAUAAUUGAUCUCUCAGACUGGUUUUUUUUUUUUAAUUGCAUGGUUUGACUUGUUUUUAUUGUUCAGCUUAUUGUGUGUUGGUUUGAUCACUGUUUGUACAGAGCAGAGCAUUUUAUUAUACCUUUGGAGUCUGUUGCUCAUUUUCCCUGAGGUGCUGUACCCAAGGUGGUAUAAAGGGGCAUAGCCCUGCUGCAUUUUUGGCAUCGUCUGCAGAAUUUUCUGGCAAGGAGCUGCCAGUGAGUCUGAGCACACAGCAACAGCCAGUCUUCACCACACCAGUCAAGCUGACCAAAUCGGCACAGGAAAUCAGUGUUCCUGCAAACUGACUUUUCAAGAGUCCAAAGGUCAUCUGACUACCAUUUCUACAAGGCUGGGCAGGAAGGGUCACGAUGAAGCUGUUGGUGUUCAUGAUGUGCUUGUUGGUCACUGCCUUGGCUGCCCCUGCUCCACAAAGUGAAAGCACUGAGCAGGUUGCAGCACAUGCUAAUGAGGCCCUGAGGUGGAUGGAGAUCUACAGGUUGUACCAGCAGCAGGGAGUAGUUGGAAACCCCUUCCUUCCUGCUGCUGAUACUCCUGCUCAGCCAGCUGGUGCAGCAGUGGUGGAUGCUGCGCCAGCUCAGCCAGCUGAUGUUCCCCCUCCAGCUCCUGUGGAUGCUGGAGAGGAAUCAGAGGAGGAGACAGAGGAUGGGAACCCUGCCCCCAAACCUGCUGCUCCUGCUGCCCCCCUAAACUCUGAUGAGGUAGAAGAGGCUGAAGAGGUGGAGGCAGCUGAGGCUGAGCCAGCUGUAGACCCUGCAGCUGCUGUUGAGCCAGCUGUGGUUGAAGCCGCACCAGCAGAGCCGACAGCGGACCCUGCGGCUGCUGUUGAGCCAGCUGUGGUUGAAGCAGCACCAGCAGAGCCGACAGCAGACCCUGCAGCUGCUGUCGAGCCAGCUGUGGUUGACGUCCCUGUAGAUGCUGCAACAGUUGAUGUUGCUGUUGUUGACGCUGCUACUGUGGAUGUGCCUCCUGCAGAUGUGGUUCCUGCUGACAUUGCCAUGGCAGCCCCUGAGGUUGCUGUUGAUGCGGCCACUCCUGCCGCAGCCGAUGUCCCUGCUGCCGUUGAUGCCGUUGAUGCCGCUGCUGCCCCACUGGCAGCCGAGGUUGUAACAGCUGGAGUGGCAUCAGAUCCGGUCGCACUGUAGUCAUCUUCCUCUUAUUUCCAGCCUAAGUGCUCCUAUAUAAGCAGUUAAAAAAGAGGCUGAAAACAGGAGUGUGUGCUGUAGGUGCAUCAACAACGAUGAAAAAGCUGUGGCAUGCUAAAAAGAGACGAGGGAAAAAAUCUGUAAAUGUGGAA